GCGGAGAAACACUUUCUGUGAUUUAAGUGCUGAGGACGAUCACUGUUUGUAAUUCGAUGGCGAGGAAGAAGAUCAGAGAGUAUGACUCCAAGAGACUUCUCAAGGAACAUUUGAAGCGUCUUGCUAACAUUGACCUGCAGAUUCGCUCUGCUCAGGUGACAGAAUCUACAGAUUUCACUGAGUUGACCAACCAGGAGUCAUGGCUAUCGUCCACAAAGCUAGUUGUGAAGCCUGAUAUGCUUUUUGGAAAACGCGGUAAAAGUGGCUUGGUAGCUCUGAAGCUGGAUCUUGCUGAAGUUGCAGCUUUUGUCAAAGCCCGCCUCGGUACUGAGGUUGAGAUGGAGGGAUGUAAAGCCCCUAUCACUACAUUCAUUGUGGAGCCAUUUGUGCCUCAUGAUCAAGAAUACUACCUUUCUAUAGUAUCUGAUAGGCUUGGCUGCACUAUAAGCUUCUCUGAAUGUGGUGGCAUUGAGAUAGAAGAGAACUGGGACAAAGUGAAGACUAUAUUUCUUCCUGCGGAGAAGUCAAUGACGCUAGAAGUAUGUGCUCCAUUGAUAGCAACUCUUCCUCUUGAGGUUCGAGCUAAAAUUGGAAACUUCAUAAUGGGUGCGUUUGCUGUAUUUCAAGAUUUGGAUUUCAGUUUUAUGGAGAUGAAUCCUUUUACACUAGUCGAUGGAGAGCCAUACCCUCUGGAUAUGAGGGGAGAGUUAGAUGACACUGCUGCCUUUAAGAAUUUCAACAAGUGGGGAGACAUUGAAUUUCCUCUGCCAUUUGGAAGGGUCCUCAGUUCGACGGAGAGCUUCAUCCAUGGUUUAGAUGAGAAGACAAGUGCUUCUUUGAAGUUCACCGUUUUGAAUCCUAAAGGCCGCAUUUGGACGAUGGUAGCUGGAGGUGGUGCUAGCGUCAUAUAUGCUGAUACAGUUGGGGAUUUAGGUUAUGCAUCAGAGCUCGGGAACUACGCAGAGUAUAGUGGAGCACCUAAUGAGGAAGAGGUGUUACAAUAUGCAAGAGUUGUCAUUGAUUGUGCCACUGCUGAUCCUGACGGGCGGAAACGAGCUCUUCUAAUUGGAGGAGGUAUUGCCAAUUUCACUGAUGUGGCAGCUACUUUCAACGGUAUCAUUCGAGCGCUAAGAGAAAAGGAAACAAGGUUGAAAGCAUCAAGAAUGCACAUUUACGUUAGGAGAGGAGGACCAAAUUACCAGACUGGUUUGGCCAGAAUGCGAGCUCUGGGAGAGGAACUUGGUGUCCCUCUAGAGGUAUAUGGUCCAGAAGCAACGAUGACGGGAAUAUGCAAACGAGCCAUUGACUGCAUCAUGUUGCCUGAUGCAUAACCAACCCAAACCUUUGAUCUCUUCUUCAGUUUGAAAGCAGAAUAAAAGCUUUGUAGCUGG